AUGCUUGCGUCUCUCCUUCGCCCUAAGAAGCGACGAGAGUAUGCGCAAACCUCCCUAUUCCCUUCACCCGACCCUGCCGACCAGUCCCGAUGGCCGUUAUUGAGCGGAGAUGGUGGAUAUAGCAGACUUCGCGAACAUAGAACCGAUGAUGACGAUGCGGAGGAUGAGAGUAUUGAAGAUGAGGAUGCCGACGGGGAAGAAGAGGACGCCCCAAUCGAGUCCUCGCCUCUGCUUCCGAUAUUUUCAGCGCCUCACCUAGACGCCCUCCCGAUCUACGAUAUCACACAUGCUAUCCGGUCUCUGAUAAUUUCGCGGUGCGAAACGACGUUGACUUGGGACCAGCUACGCUCGCCUCAGAUUUCGCAGUUCUUGGUGAAACCUAUUCAGCAGAAAAUAAAAGCAUUGCACUUUACGCGGGCCACACUGUAUGCACUGAUGACGAACUGCCUACAAUUCGACAGGGAAAUUCGUUUGAACCCAGGAAACAGUGGCACAAACCAGACCAGAGCAAUGGUGAGCGAGCUUCUCGCUAUCAAAUUGCUUAGGGAGUACACUACUCGCGAGUUGAUUGACGCUCUUUCUUACGACUUUUAUCCUCUCCAAGGCCAGAAAGUUGGGGAAAAUGGAAAUGCCUAUCGCACGCCAGGCUGGACUUCUGCGGCCGGCGGUAAAUCACGCCCCGGUGCUGCUCGCAUUUCUUGUCUCGAAAUCGCUAUUCGGGCCCAAGCGAAAAGGUUCCUGUCUCAUCCUCUUGUCGUUAAACAGCUGGAAGCCAUUUGGGCGGGCACAAUCGUUUUCCACUCAGCUGCAGACAGCCUACAUCGUUCGACCACACAGGGCCGUUUUGGGAGAGGCCCGAUUUCUUACGGUGCCACCUCCAACAACAACACCGUGAGGUCUUCAGACAAAAAGAACUGGUCCGAUGCAUCAAGUCUCCGGCGAUCAGUAACGCUUUAUGAUCCACGCGAUGCCUCGCUAUUCAAGCUCUCUCGCUUACGAGUACCACGAUACAGACAGUUCCUCUCCACGUUAUCGUUUGCCGUUCUCCUUGGACUGUUCCUUGCCGUUUUACAAGAGAGGAGUAUAGAAAUCUCUUCCCUGGAAGUUGUGUUUUGGCUUUGGAGUGCCGGGUUUAUGCUCGAUGAGAUUGUUGGUUUUAACGAACAAGGCUUUAGCCUUUAUCUCAUGAGCUUCUGGAACAUCUUCGAUCUCGGAAUCCUUAUCCUCCUAUUCUGCUAUUACUGCAUGCGGCUCUACGGCGCUUUCAUGCCGUAUACUCACAAAGAGGCCGUUGCGGAGAGGGCGUACGAUGUCCUGGCUGCAAAUGCAGUUCUUCUGUUCCCCCGGUUGUUUUCGAUACUUGACCACUAUCGAUAUUUCUCCCAGCUCCUGAUCGCAUUCAGGAUAAUGGCAUCUGAUCUGGUUGCGGUGUUUGUUCUGAUCGUCAUUGCGUGCAGCGGCUUUUUUGUGGCCUUCACCUUGUCUUUCGGCAGUGGUCAAGAUCAAUCGCCUGCAUCAGUCGCGUAUGCCUUGUUCCAGAUGUUGAUGGGAUUUACUCCCGCUGCAUGGACCCUUUGGGACGAAUAUAACUUUCUGGGGAGGGUAAUCUUGACGAUGUUUCUCUUCAUUUGCCACUUUGUCGUGGUCACUAUACUGAUAACAGUCCUUACAAAUUCGUUUAUGAGAAUUGUACAGAAUGCAAAUCAGGAACACCUGUUCCUCUUUGCUGUCAAUGCGAUCUCGAUGGUCAAGUCGGAUGCGCUUUUCUCUUAUGUGGCACCAACGAACAUUCUGGCUUGGUUAAUAACCCCUCUCCGAUGGUUGAUCCCUUUCAGGCAGUAUAUGCGCCUCAACCGGACUAUAAUAAAGAUCACACACAUGCCUAUUCUGUUCACCAUCUGUGCUUAUGAGAAAUUGAUUCUCUGCCCUCAAAUGAUCGACUCCACUGACCUUGUUGAUUCGCCUUUACGUUCUGAAACCAGAGUUGAGGAUCGGCCUCAGCCUCGAUUCAGGGCUCUGAGUUCCCGGGUAACCCGAUUUGUUCGAGCACCGUCCGUGGCUACGUUUCAACAGGAUCGCGCUCUUGAAGAAGUUUUCCGACAACCCUUCCGCGGAAACCCAAGCCGGAGCCCGGUCAGGGCUAUUCAAAGAAAGAGCAACCAUCUUGUGAACAACUGGAUGCAAGAGAUGGGAUCCGGGCCAGUCAAUCCACCCGAUGAGCAAGAUUCCGACGAAGUUGAUCGACUCGAGCGGUUGCCCAAGGGCCGUCUACCCCCUCGACGAAAACAAGCCCGAAGUCUUCGUAAUUUCACGGAGUCAGUUGCUUCAAACCCUGAAGAUCGCGUACCGCACGCGAUCUCCUCUCCUGUUACGCCACGUAAUGGCAGAAACUUCGUACCGCAGAGAAGAAGGCGCCUCUCGCGUCAAACAGACAUUGAAGGCGACAACGAACUUACCAGCGACGACAACCGCGCCUUGGCUGAACAGGAAUCGAACCAUCAGGACUCCGAUGACCAUUCCAAAGCCAGCACUGCGCCGAAGGGUAAAGCCACCCCAAAGUUCUACAGCUCACGCCCUUCUACAGCAAUACGCAAGUCUCGCAAAAACAGCCCCACCCGGAUCACCCGCCACCAUUCGCGAAACCCCUCUGGAGCUACAAUUUUAUACAACCCCAUACCGUCCAGCCACGAUGAGGAAAGUGAUACGGAUGCACCCUCAAUCCGACCUGUACCGAGAAUCAUGCCAAGUCAAUCAUUUUCCAUGUUUUCUGGCCCUGGAAAUGGUCUAGAAAGAAGACACAGCCUGGACGACGGCAGAAGCCCGAAUGCCGACCCAUUUAGGUCUAAUCCUAGGUCUGUACCGAACAUUGGACAUUUCCUGGGGCCCGGUAACGGCUCCUGGCGACACGAAGUAUCCGCACUUGAGGGUCUUGGCUCAGACCUGGGAGAUGGUAAGGCAAUUGCCAACGGAUUCGUCGGUGGUGCACCGUCAAGCUUCACUACGCAAAUGGCAUACGCAACAGGCGGUAUCCGACGCAGUGGUAGUCCUAACAGACGCCAGGAUAUGCUUAGCAAGCUUGUGUUGGCUCGGAUGAAUAAUAUCGAGGAAGGAUUCCGUGAGGUGAUCCGAGAAGUGAAGGAUCUCCGGUCUACCCGCAACCAAAGCCAGCUUGAUGAGCAGCGGGCUGGCCAGCGAGACAAACGGCGGACAGAAAAGAAGAGGAAACCUCCUGGGUCUCGGAAGAGCAAGACGAGCGAUGGUACUCGAACCACGGAGCCAACCCUGGCCGAGAAUCAGUCGGAGGCAAACCAAGAGGACAAUGUAUGA